GUGGUUGGACUCGGGUCGGUUUGGUUUAACACUGGUGUGACAGAGUGGAUGCCUCUCGCUAAUAUGGUAGUCCCUUAAUGCCGUAAAGACGGUAACAAACGGCGUCCUUCCCGAUCCCAUCGUCAUCGUCCCCGUCGAUCGAGGCCAUUAUCAAGGGUUGGCACUUGGAGCGAAGCGACAGAUUGAGGAUGGGCGGCGGCGGAGCGGAGCGAUGGUGCGUGGUCACCGGCGGCCGUGGCUUCGCUGCCCGGCACUUGGUCGAGAUGCUUCUCCGCUCUGACGACUGGUGCGUCCGCGUCGCUGAUCUCGCACCGUCCAUCUCGCUUGAGGCCCACGAGGAGGCCGGUGUCCUAGGCCGCGCACUCCGAUCUGGCCGCGCCGCCUACGUGUCCGCCGAUCUCCGCAAUAAGGCACAGGUCGUUAAAGCAUUUGAAGGAAUUGAAGUUGUCUUUCACAUGGCUGCUCCUGAUUCAUCUAUCAACAACUACCAGCUUCAUUUCUCUGUGAAUGUUGAUGGUACCAGAAAUGUUAUUGAUGCGUGUAUUGAAUGCCAAGUGAAGAGACUAAUCUAUACUAGUUCUCCUAGUGUGGUGUUUGAUGGUGUUCAUGGAAUUUUCAAUGGGGAAGAAUCACUUCCAUAUCCAGAGAAGUUCAAUGAUUCAUAUUCAGAGACUAAAGCAGAAGGAGAAAAAUUGAUUUUAAAAGCUAAUGGCAGGAAUGGGCUUUUGACAUGUUGUAUAAGACCUAGCAGUAUAUUUGGCCCUGGUGACAGAUUGUUGGUGCCUUCACUAGUUGCUGCUGCAAAGGCUGGCAAGAGUAAGUUUAUCAUUGGUGAUGGGAAUAAUCUGUAUGACUUCACAUAUGUAGAAAAUGUGGCAUAUGCCCAUAUAUGUGCUGAGCGCACUCUAUCCUCUGAAGAAGGUGCUAAGCAAGCUGCAGGGCAGGCCUAUUUCAUAACAAAUGGAGAACCAAUAAAAUUUUGGGAAUUCAUGUCAUUAAUACUAGAAGGUCUUGGAUAUGAAAGGCCAAAUAUCAAACUUCCUGUUUCUUUUAUGAUGCCAAUUGCUCACUUGGUAGAAUGGACAUACAAGAUCUUUUCACAGUAUGGGAUGCCUGUGCCCCAGCUGACACCUUCAAGAAUUAGACUUUUGUCAUGCAAUAGGACUUUCAGCUGUUCAAAAGCUAAAGAUCAUAUUGAUUAUGAGCCUAUUGUGUCUCUUAAGGAUGGUAUCCAAAGAACAAUUGAGUCAUGCUCUCAUCUUAAAGCUGAGCAGAAAAAGAGAACUUCUAAAGUUUAUACCUAUUUGGGUGGUGGAAAAGUUGCUGACACACUUCUUUGGAAGGAUAAGAAACAAUCAUUCACAAUGUUGCUUCUGUUUGUUGCCCUAUAUAACUACUUUUUCGCAAAUGGAUAUACAAUGAUUACAGCAGUGGCAAAGCUAGUCUCAGUUGUUGCAUUGUUCUUGUUUAUUCAUGGCGCUUUGCCUUCAAAAAUAUUAGGGUAUAAUAUUCAGAAAUUGUCACCUUCGUAUUUCGAAUUGUCAGAAGAGCAGGCACGUAGGCAUGCUCAUUCAGCUACCCAUAUAUGGAACAAUGGAAUUGUCAUAUUGCGCUCACUUUGCAAGGGAAAGGAUUGGGCAUUGAUGUUUAAGCUGAAGGGGGGUCCAGAAAAUAUUUGUCUUGUGUGGAAAUCAAACAGGUGGUUUUCUUGUUAUUAUUUCUGAAUGUCCUUGGAUACAUGUCGCCGCAGACAAUCUAUAAAUUAGGGCUUGCUAUAGCUUUCUUUGGUUUGUAUGUUUAUGAUAGAUGGGAAGAUGAGAUCGACAAGCAUAUUAAGGAUGCAUACUCCCAUGUCAGAAAGUUGACAUCGAAGGUUCCCCGAGGCCCUUGAGGCACUAGUGAUGUUGGCCACUGCUGGUUUUGUCUGCAGAAUUUGAUUACAUCAUGUUCCAACUUUGCUUAGACGGAGGGAGCUUGAACUCAUCUGGGAACUUUGCUGCAUAAUAUUUUCUCAAUGAUGGGUCCUUUGUUGAACUUUACCCAAUCAUGGUAGAACUGUGCAUUUUCAGGGCACUUGUUUUAUGGUUGCCCUUUGCAAAUUCUUCUAUCAAGUGUUUUCUUUUAUUUGGAAAACAAAGGCCCAGAUACAUGGAUGCGAAGUAGAGGAAAACAAAAGAAACUAUUAGAGAAGAAUUUGAGGGAUGAAAUGUGUUUUGCUAUGAAGGUAUAAGUUUUUUCAAUCAAGUGGUUUCUUUGAAAGCAAAA